CGGAUAAUUUUCAGACCCGGCCGACCCGGGUAAGAAUCGCGGAUCCGGGUACUCGUCGAACUCUUGAGUUGCGUAUCAAACUGUCAAUUUGUCAAAAUCAAAAUGAUGAUUGUUUUGUUUUCCGUCACUAAUUUCAAGUAAAUGUCUGACUAUUCAGAGAGUUUUCUUACGGACACUGAAAAUUUGCUACGUGAAGUAGUUUUCAAACUAAAUAGUGGUCGAACUAGCACCGAACAGAAGACAAGGUGGUUUAUUUCAUCUACAACAAGGGAUCUCGAAAUCGCCAAGCCGGAAAGCGACUCUGAAUGGCUUACUCUGAAAACGAAAAUCGAUGCUUUUCCAGCAGAUAAGAAGCCGGACGAGUCAGCUAUACUUUUCGCAUUGAUCCAUAAUUGGUUUCUUGAUCGCAAAUGGAAAGCGAAAUUUGAAACUGAUAAAUCAUUGCCCUGUGGUGUAAAAUAUAGUUUGGAUCCCACGAAACACGUUUACGAAUAUGCGUGUGUGAAAAUAUCACUUUCGUUGAUUGAAGAUGGAAUGGAACUCUCAGACUCGACGAAGCUUCAAAGUGGAACAGCCGCGCCCACCAAAGGAGAUUAUUUCUAUGUUCUAUUGGAGCUCCAAACUGAUCCAUCAGGUUGUGGAUACUCCAUUUUCAGUUACUCUCGCGUUCGAAUUCCCUUUUUUACGGUUGAUUCCGAAACAAAAGAUCGUAUCUGGAUCCAAGAGCUCAGAGCUCAGCUGGUUGACUCUAUCGCCCAAUUUGAUUCUUGCAUCGAAGAAAAACAUUUCCGUUCGAAGGAAUUCUCGCGACACGGGGUCAAUCCCGUGACACCCAGUUGUAAAAGAAAACUAGACGAUUCUGGAUCUCCUGAGAGUCAUGCAUGUACCAGUACGGACGAAACAGGAUUAUCGAACGAAAUUAAUAAAAUGAAUCAAGAUUUUCUAAUGUUUGCGGAUGAAGAUAAACCGACAAAGAACGCCAUACUAGCAGCAGCAUUGUUGAUGAUUCUUCGUCAUGAGCAGAAAUGCGAUGUAAAAGCUUUUCAUGAUAAAUGGAUCGUUCCUCCGAAAUUAACCAGCGAAGUGGUUUCAUUUUUGUAUCCAAGUAUUAAACCUUCUGGCUUGCCAGGUUAUGAUAAAUUUCACAUGACCGUAAUCUCUAACGGAUGCGAUUAUUUCGUUGUUUUUCGCGUUGGUGCGGAUUCGUCUAAAUAUGUUAUAAAAAAAAUCAAAGCGAAUGUUAUUCCUAGUUUUCCAGAGAGUGACGAAGAUACUAUGAAAUGGCAAAACUUGAACGAUUGGCUUGCGGCAAUUCGAACAAAAUUUUUUGUCAAGAAGUCUGUUGGAUUAUACAGCCCUCGAACCAGUGGAACGUCUUCGCCAAGUAAUCCAUCACCCUCAUCAAGGUGAAUCUGCCUAGUGUUGUGCCAUUAUAUUGUUUUCACUUAUCGAAAAGUAAAAUUUUAAACUCGAUCGCAAAAAUGUCGAUCACGAUACCACGAUAGUGAUCUUCCGUGAUAUCGCUAUUUUAAAAUUUCAAUGAUCUAAUAAAUUAAUAAUUCAA